AUGUACGGCCUGUACUCUUCGCUAAGCGGCGGGCUGGCCUACGCAGUGCUGGGUACCGUGAGGCAGAUCACUAUAGGACCUUCGGCCAUCCUGUCGUUGAUGACCUUCUAUUACGCUGCCGAAGACCCAGCAGCUGUGGCCAUUCUCACCUUCUUCUCAGGCAUAAUCCAAACAGCAUUUGGUGUGUUCAGACUCGACAUUUCCUUGGAUCUUUCCUAUCCGAAACGAUCAACACCCGUAACCCUUCCUACAUCUACAGUUUCCUACAGUUCAAACCCGUGGUCCACUCCCAGUAAACAAGAUCCCGUGUUUCCGACCUUUAUAUCCCUUCUCAUAGAACUAAGACAUUUGAAUAUUCCUUUAUAG